ACGACACCAUGACCACGUUCAACCAAGUCGCGCUCGGGCCCCACGAGCAGCUCGCAACAUUCGCCGCCGGUGAAUUCUGGCGCGCGAAGGACCUCAUCAAGGUUGCCGGCGUACUUGAGGCGGUCGUCGGCUACACCGACGGCAAGACGCUCAACCCAACGCACGACGAGGUGUCCUCAGGCAAGACGGGCCACGCCUUUGCCGUCCAGAUCAAGUUCGACGAAAACACGGUCUCGUACAAGAAGCUUGUCGAAGCGUUCUUUAUGACCCACGACGCAACGGACAAGAAGGACACGGAAUCUCCGCGCCGCUCCGGCAUCUACUACCACAGCGACGAGCAGCUCAACAUCGCCGAGGCCGUCAAGCGCGAUGAGGCCGAGAAACGGUUCAUGAUGGAGCUCGAGGUCCAGCAUGGUCCCGCUGAGAUCUGGACUGAGAUCAAGUACGCAAAACGCUUCUACCACGCCCAAGACAAGUACCAGCGCAACGCCACGGCGAACGAGCAGUAA